UGAAAAAUGACAAGAAUGCCAACAUCAUAAAAGCUGAGACGCCGGAAAGAAAAUAUGAAGUUUCCUCACCUACGCACUCAACCAAUGGUUUUUUCACCUCCAAUAUGGACUAUUUCUCAAAGAAUUUGAUUUCAUCAAGUCCUUUUCUUGCGGGCUAUAAUGGCUUCCCAGGAAGUGUCCCGUUCGUUCCAAACCUCUUGGAACAGAAACCAGGUCCUGGUCGACGAAAGCGUGUCAAGGAAAACAGCAGCUCUCAAGGUCAAGUGAUCGAAAGAACCUCAAUACCAAAAAUAGAAGAUAUCCCUGCUUUGAAGAAUUUAACGGAUUCCAGUUCUCCUGAAGAUAUCGUGGAGACUUUGAAGGCACUGUUCCCGGUGCAGCCCCCGAAGGCAGAUGCAGUGCACACAUACGGCACGGAAGAAAAUCCUGUGCGGUUCUUCGUAAAAGAUAAUGAGCAGAUACAGACGAUUGUGGAUUCUCUACUUGUCAUCUGCGAAAUAAAGCCUUUCGAAGACCAUUUGCCACUUGGCGGUGAACAAAACUACAAGAACGUGUGUAGACUCUGCAACUCUGUGUUCUUCCACAUUGAGCACUUGACCAAACAUGUGAAGAAGGUCCACAUUGUGAAGAGGUUUCAGUGCGAUCAGUGCGAUAGGUCAUUCCAUGAUGCAGGCAACUACCGGCAACACAUGCGUGUCCAUGACGACAGUGACAUCCCGUUUGAGUGCGAGGAGUGCCAUCGUCGGUUCCGACACAAGUGCACACUCAAGGUGCACAUGAGGAUACACACGGGAGAGAAACCUUUCAAAUGUGAAAUCUGCAGCGCUACAUUCAAGAUCUCGUCAGGCCUCCAGACUCACAUGCGUAAGCACACUGGAGAGACCCCCUACGCCUGCGAGUUCUGUAGUAUGAGGUUCAAGUGCCAGUCCAACCUUAAACAGCAUCUCUUUCAACACACUCAGUCCCGUCCAUUUCCCUGCGAGGUUUGUGGGAAAUCCUACAGCCGCAAGUCAAUCCGAGAUGCUCACGUACUUACGCAUACAGUAAAGGACGGACUCAAUGGGACGUCAUAUAAUCAUCCGGACGACCAUUCACCUCCCUCAAGUCAAGACACGUCAUUGGACAGCUUGGAUAAUGGUUACAUGGACGAGUCGGAAUUUUCCAACCACAGCGGACUUGGGUCGGAAAAAUUGUCCACUCCGGAACUUUCUGUGAUGCAUACUGGACAGGCAGUUUUUGCCGGUCAUUAAAACAGGCGAGGUUUUAGGUAUAAGAUAAUAAAACUUUGGUUAUGUUCGUCACACAAAUAAAAAUUGUAUGUUAACUUUUUCAGUGCUGGAACUUAAUUUUGAAGGCCUUUGCAAACAGUUUGGAUCCAGAUGAGACGCCACAGAACCUGGCGUCUCAUCAGGAUCCAAACUGUUUGCUAUUCAAAUAGUAUUCUUUGAAAAAAAAUCGAAGAAAAUGCUAAUAUUAGAAAUUAAGCAGACUACAUUAUAGCAGACGACAAACUUACCAGCAUGCAAAGGGUUAAUGUACUUGUUUGGAAUGGGUUUGGAACUUGUGGUUUUGUAUUUUGCACAAUAAGUUUUUGCGGUAAAUAAACUUGUUUGGAACGGGCUUCAACUGAAGGUCAUGCGUACUAUCAUUUUCUAUUGAAUGUCAUGACAUAAGAAUUUCGAUUUGUUUUAGAACUUCUUGUAAUGCAUGACAGACAACUGGUAUGUGCAUGUCAUUAAAACGGUACC